GCAGACGUGGGCAUCUGGGGUAACUGGACCUUUUUCUCUGUUAAAAAUAGGAUACUAAAAGUCAGCCUGGUCGUCUUUUAAACCUUGAUGGAGAAUAGUCUAAUACAGGAGCCUGGGACGAAUGCAUAUUGUCACUGGCUAUCUUUAUCUAUAAAACAUCUUAUUUCACUGAAAGAAAAUAUCAGUUAAUUAAAAUUGAGUGAUAGGGAUUUUGUCGUCAUUUUUAUGUUUUUUUUGAGUUCGGCAAAUUGCUCACGUGACCGCAGCCGCUCUUCCUUACCCCUUGACGCAGAUCUUCAGAGAACAGGCAGAUUACCUGUUUACGUUUUGACUGCCCUUCUCCUCAGCUGCCAUUUUUCUAUUGACGGCGGGAGCCACUGCCAGGGUAUUGAUGAGAGGCCUGGACCGAACAUUCACCCAGGCUGCGACUGACUAGGGAAAUUGUCUCUCUUAGCAAACAGUUUCAUUCCUGGACCAGUGGGUAAAAAGACAAAGUGGGGCAGUCAUCGUCUAAACCGCAAAACCUAGCAAGGACUGGGUUUUCAUCACAAUCAAGAAGCCAACCAGAGCAUGGUUUUGGGCUUCAACUGCUGAUGAACGAUAUUAACUCGUCCUUGGAAAGCCUUAACUCAGCUUGCAACAUGCAGUCCGACACUGAUACUGUGCCCCUUCUUCAGAAUGGCCAGCAUGCCAGCAGCCAGCCGGCAGCGUCUAGCUCUCGGGGCCUGCAGCCGCAGGCGUCCCCGAAGCAGAAGGUGCAGCGCUCGCAGCCUGUGCACAUCCUUCCUAUCAGUGAGCUUUGGAUUUUUCAAAGGAGGAAAGGAAGGAGAGGUGAACCUGGAGAAGCGACAAGGAGCACAGAGGAGACAACGCCAAGGCGCCUUCAGGAGGAAGAUCAACAACUGAAAACUUCCUCUCUUCCGGCAAUUCCUAACCCGUUUCCGGAGCUUUCUGGUGGCCCUGGGAGCCCUGCAGUGGUUGCUCCGAGCUCCUUACCACCUCCUCCGAGCCAGCCACCUACCAAGCAGGAUGUCAAAGUCUUUAGUGAAGAUGGGACAAGCAAAGUGGUGGAGAUUCUAACCGACAUGACUGCCAGGGACCUGUGCCAGUUGCUGGUUUACAAAAGUCACUGUGUGGAUGACAACAGCUGGACUCUGGUGGAGCACCACCCACAACUGGGAUUAGAGAGGUGCCUGGAGGACCAUGAGAUUGUGGUCCAGGUGGAGAGCACCAUGCCAAGUGAAAGUAAAUUCUUGUUCAGAAAGAACUAUGCGAAGUACGAGUUCUUUAAGAAUCCGGUGAACUUCUUCCCGGACCAGAUGGUCACUUGGUGUCAGCAGUCCAAUGGCAGCCAGGCCCAGCUUCUGCAGAAUUUUCUGAACGCGAGCAGCUGCCCUGAGAUUCAAGGGUUCUUGCAGGUGAAGGAGCUAGGACGCAAGUCCUGGAAGAAGCUGUAUGUGUGCUUGCGCAGAUCUGGCCUUUACUAUUCCACCAAGGGGACUUCAAAGGAACCCAGACACCUGCAGCUGCUGGCUGACCUGGAGGAAAGCAGCAUCUUCUAUCUGAUUGCUGGAAAGAAGCAGUACAAUGCACCCAACGAACAUGGGAUGUGCAUCAAGCCAAACAAAGCGAAAAUCGAGAUGAAGGAACUGCGUCUGCUCUGUGCUGAAGACGAGCAGAUCCGUACUUGCUGGAUGACAGCCUUCAGACUCCUCAAGUACGGAAUGCUCCUGUACCAAAACUAUCGCAUCCCGCAGCAGAGAAAGGCUUUGCUCUCUCCCUUCAACACACCUAUGCGCAGUGUCUCUGAGAAUUCUCUUGUGGCGAUGGAUUUUUCUGGACAAACCGGAAGAGUGAUUGAUAAUCCGGCUGAAGCCCAGAGUGCUGCCCUGGAAGAGGGCCAUGCUUGGCGGAAGCGCAGCACAAGGAUGAAUAUCCUAAGCAGCCAAAGCCCCCUUCAUCCUUCAACCCUGAAUUCAGUGAUUCACAGGACUCAGCAUUGGUUCCAUGGACGUAUCUCCCGCGAGGAGUCUCACAGGAUCAUCAAGCAGCAAGGUCUCGUGGACGGGCUGUUCCUCCUCCGUGACAGCCAGAGCAACCCAAAGGCGUUCGUACUGACACUGUGCCAUCACCAGAAGAUUAAAAACUUCCAGAUCCUGCCUUGCGAGGAUGAUGGGCAGACAUUCUUCACUCUGGAUGAUGGGAACACCAAGUUCUCCGAUCUGAUUCAGCUGGUCGACUUCUACCAGCUCAACAAAGGUGUUCUGCCCUGCAAGCUGAAGCACCACUGCAUCCGCGUGGCCUUAUGACCUCCUUGCCCUCUCACAGAGGCUGGAGGCAGCAACACUGGAACGGAGAAGAGAGGCCUGCAUGAGGGUGAGGACACACAUCUACUCCCACCCGAAGACUCAGAACAACAUGGCUUUUUGAUCGGUACCAACCGACCAACAUCAAUUAGUUAUUGGACUUCACAAAGAUUUGCUGCUGCAGAUCAAGCAGGACCACCUCCCUCUGCGUCAGCCAUUUAAAAUUGGGGGAGGGAUGAGAUCCAGUGCAAGUGUGGGAAGAAACUGGAAUGACGAUUUUUGAUUAGGCCACAUAGGGUGAAAAAUCGCAGAGAAGUGAUUGGAAAUGAACUCUUGCCCUGGAAUAAUCUUGACAAUUAAAACCGCGAUGUUUACUUUUUUGUAUUGAUCACUUUUUUGCACUCCUUCUUCGUUGUCAAUGUUGUACUCAGCCUAUGGUAGGAGAGGAUGUGGCUUUGCAACCCAGAUGAGACAAAGAAUUUUUGAAUUGGCAGACUUCGGCCUACAAAUGGGUCCCCAAAGUUUUCUAGAGGGCAUCCUGCUCUCUGCAGGUUGUGACAGUGUGGAUUUGGCUCCUACAUUAUAGACACCCCAGUCCUUCCCAUUAUACUUGAAAAGCUUUUUUUUUUUUUUUUUUAAUUAAAUAAUAAAAGGUGUCAACCAUGGUCGACACCAAGCAUGUUUUGCGGACUCAGUCAAGCUGCCACAGUCUGGUCAUCAUUGUUGUUGUGCUGAUGUCUGGUCAUUUAUUAUUAGUGUGUCUCGUUCUCCACAGUGCAGGAGACCUUGUUACUUUGGAAAACUCACUGUUCCCCAGCACAGCACAGCUGCAUGACCUCAGCUUUAGACUGAUGUCAGCCAGCCUUCUUGGAACACAUUGGUAUUCAUUGUGGAUGCCACAUAGUCCAUCUGGGGUGCCCUGUGCCUCACAUUUUCACAGCCGCCCACUGUUGUAGAAUAAUCGCUGCCUUUGCUCUCUGCAGUAGCCUCAGUCAUUUCAGUUCUCCCACAGGGGUGGGAUUGGGGGGAGGGAGGGUUAAUGGAUCUAAAAAGAAAAUGUCAUCUUGUUGGCCUUGUGCUCUGUCACCCUGAGCUUCUAUGGUGAUAAAAAGAUAAGGAAACAUUGCAGAAGGCACAGCAUAGGCUGGCUUUGAGUCUUUGCUUGAUGACCUCUGCACCCUACUGAAAACCCCCUAAGCCAGCAGUAGCAGGGUAUGCAGAGGCUCUGCCUCUGCUAGCUUAGGGUGAGAAGUACCUCACAGUGGUGGUGAAUAUUGGACAGUUUUUUAGCAGCAUGAUGUUUGCUUCCUCCUCCAAGAGAGGAGUCAGAAGGUGGCCGGAGUUACCUUUGGGUCCCCUGAGCUCCAUGGAGGACCCUUUGUUGUCCCCUAAAUGAUUUACCAGGCAUGAGAGUAGCAGACAGGACUCUUUUUGAGAAACACACAGAUAGCUGUGGUGAACAGGCUUCCCUUUCCUGACACCACACAGGAAGUUUGCUACGUACCUGAGCUAGCCACUAGAUUGCCAGUCCCGACUUGGCGAAGUGCUCCCCAGGGAGCCACUUCUGAUUUGCCCUGCGGUUGACGGCAUAGUGGAAGAUAGAUGUGACAGCGCUUUGUAAUGCAGGUCAGCUGCGAGCUGGUCCACAGUAUAGAAACACUGUAGUUCACAGACCAUGCAAUCCGUGUUUCCACGAGAUGUUUAUUACAACAAAUGAAGAAUUUUUUUCGUUUUUUUUCUUUUUAUCUUUUUAAUCUUUUUUCCUUUUUUUAGUAAAACAUUUUCGUAAGCAUAAAUGCUCAAUUGCAUUUCUCUUUUCUUUCGCAGCUAGUUAAUCAUUCAGUUGACAAUGAGAUAAUUCUCAAGUUCAUGCCUGGCAGCAGGCUUCCACUGAUCUUCCCCUUAGGGACAGAUAACGGACAUUUUCAGUUUUACCAUACUCAUUUCUUUUUUGCUGACUUCAAGGUCAGAACUUUACAAAACAGACAACAAACAACCCUAUGGUUUUCUCUCUCCAGUUUACACAGAACAGUCCCCACAGUGCAUAGUCCUUCUCUCGUUUGCCUCUGCAGUAGGACAGCUAGGACGUGUAGCUCAUAUUUAUAAGUACGCAUUUUAUUUAAGAGGAAGUAUAGGCUUGACUCUGGUUCACAAUUUUGUAUGUAGCUGGUUUGACGUAGUGUUUUGUACUUCCCUUGCCGAAGUGAAUUGUUGAAGGCUGCAACCCGCCUUGAGUGUAGCAGACUUCAGUGGCCCCGAGCUCGCCAGCCUUUGCACAGGCAGCUGGGAAUUCCACCAGAAACAGCUAGUCCCUUGGUUAGUGGGUACCCAGCCCCCCCUAGCCAGAGACUGAAGGACAUUUGACUUUUAUUUUUGUAUUUAAUUGACAUGAAUGUAAAGGGGACAGCUCAGGGUUGUUUUGGAGCCUGUUUUGACUUUGUAAUCUCUGCCUGUGAUUUUCUUUUCUAAAUGACAACUCCGUGUAGCCACCUGGACUAAGUUGAGAAGGAAAAUGCCAAAUGCUUUGGGUUUUUAGAGUUUUCAUAGGUAGGCUCUGUUAUAUUAUUAGGUGUUAGAGUUUCUGAACGUGGUUUUUUUUUUCUUGUUUGCUUAAACUUUGAAAAAAUAUGUGCCUCAGCUUAGAUGUUUUGUCUUCUCCUUUCUGCACUUAAAUACCUGACAGUCUGUCCGAUCACUGCGCCUUCACCUCUGAGGGCGCGGCUAGCUCAUCGUAGAUUUGUGAUGUCAUAGUGCAAACCGCAGUGACCGGAAAGUGACCUGACAUGUAAACGUUUUCAGGGAAUGCAGAGGAUGUUAAUUAACAGACAAAACCUUUAUCCCGCGUGCUUUGCUUCACUCUGUGCUAUAUAGCUCUUUGGCUCGUGAACCUUAUUGUAAACUUUCAGGUAUUUUUGUACAAAUAAGGGACUGAUGUUCUGUUUCUUGUUAUUAGAAAUAAACAUUAAUACAGUGUUCUUCA